AUGCUGAGGUUCUGCCUCCUCAAUGCCCUGCGCUGCAAGGUGCAGCCAGAUGAGCCUUCUUCGUGGCACGUGAAGGACCCCGCGAAGAGUGGCAUGCUCCCUGUGCUCGAGGAGCAGGCGCCCGGGAAGGCAGAAGCUGGCAAAGCCUUCAACGUCUCUGUGCCAAGGGCCAGGUUUGAGCACGCCGCUGGCGUCACCUUCACUGCCUCCCUGGUCGAUGGCCGGCCACUCCCAAGCUGGCUGCACUUCGACGCAGCUACGCUGAGUCUGGCCGGUACCCCACCAAAGGCAUUUCGAGGCAACAUCAACGUCAAGGUUUCGGCCGAGGAUGUCGUGGGCGUUAAGACGGACAUGAUCCUUCCAGUCGAGGUCGGUGGGGGCCCUUUCGUGGCGCUCCCGCUGCAGCCGCAGCAUCUGCUUGCUGGAAGGCCAUUUACUUUCACCCUGCCGGAGGGCAGCUUCUGGGACCCCGGCGACGGAAGCUCCCUGAGCCUCCACACCUCCAGGCUGCCAGCGUGGCUUCAUUUUGAUGCCGCACAUCGUCGCUUUUCGGGCGUGCCGCCCACGGACGGUGUGGUCGAGGUGAACGUCACAGCCACCGACUCGCAGCAGCUCUCUGUAACACAGAAUGUGGUGCUGGUCUUGCUGAAGCCGCGUGGCAACCAGCCGCCUUUCAUUGCUCACCACAUCCAGAACACCCAUGUCCAGAUGGGCGAGGCUGUGCACUUCAUUAUACCGCCGAGUUCGUUCAAGGACCUUGACGGCGAUGGCCUGGCGCUCCACGCGGUGCGCAGCGAUGGGCGACCGCUCCCUUCCUGGUUGCACUUUGACCCUGCGUCGAGAGCCUUUUCCGGCCGCCCUGGCAAGGCGGAUGCAGGGCUGCUGUCUGUGAGGCUAAGCGCGCGGGACAGCCGCGGUGCCGAAGUGCAGGAGGACUUCAUCCUCAACAUCACCGGCGGCAGCCCGCUUGGAAAGGAAGAUUUCUUCUAG